UUGGUACAACUUUAACGAUAAUUAUACUGAAAAAGAAAAUAAAUAACUAAAAAAAAGAAAAAUAACAAGUAUAUACAAUGUUUUAUGCUAACCCGCACAUUUGGGUAUUUGAUGAUGAUGGUAUUUACCGAGUACAUUACGUGUUAAUCGCAUUUAGAGUUAUGUUAAUUUUGAAGAGUAGGCUGCAUAAAUGCUUGCCCUCAGUCUAUUGAAGGCCGAAUUAAAAAGUAAAAUGCUGUCAAAUCUGUCAUCGCUAACAAGCUGUUUGUCUUACUUUUUUCGUUUUUAUUUUCAUGUAGAAUUAAAUAUUGUAGCUGAAUUAUUUCUAUAAAUAUCGUAAAUAUGAUGGCCAGUAGCCUAGACUUCAAUAAAGUAUGCCGGGCUUGCUUAUCGGACUCUGAACCGAUGAAGGAUUUGUUCAGUGUUUGUUCGCCAGAAGUCUUCAAGUACUGCACUUCUGUUGAGGUCUCCCAAGUUGAUCCACUGCCAAAACAAUUAUGUCAGAAAUGCAUAGAUUUGUUGAACCAGUUCUAUUUCUUCAAACAAGUAGUGAUAAGGUCAAAUUCAUUACUAAAGCAACAAUGUUCAGUGCAGAUAAAAGUAGAAAGUCAAAUGAAUGACGCCACAGACCUCAAUCAGAUAGAACAUAUCACUCUUCUGGACCAUACGGAGUCAGUUCCCGACGACCUGCUGCCAGAGGCUCUGUCAGCUGCAGAUGACGAUAAUGAAGUCAAACCUAGAAAACGAAGAAAAUAUGUCAGAGGUGGAAGGGAGAAACCAAAACCAAAGAGGCCUCGGAUGAAGUGUGUGAAAUGUGAAAAGAGUUUUCAAAAAUAUGAAAAUCUAGAGGCUCAUAUGAGAAGUCAUUUUGGGAAGAAGCCUGACAUAAAAUGCGAACACUGCGACAAAACCUUCUUGAACUUCCGUAGCCUCAACGCCCACAUCCGCACGCACACAGGGAUCAGAAAGUAUCAAUGUCAGACGUGCGGAAAACACUUUGCUUACCUCAAUGUAUUGAAGAACCAUGAACUAAUCCACGCAGGCAUCAAGAAACAUGCCUGCCACAUCUGUGAUAUGAAAUUUGUACAAGCUUAUAAUUUAAAGAUGCAUCUAGAAACACAUAGCGCUCAGAAGAACUACUGCUGUCUACAAUGUGGGAAGAAGUUCGCGCAGCCGGGUAACCUGAAGAUACACCUCAUCAGACAUACUGGUAUCAAGAACAUAGCUUGCACGGUCUGCGAUAUGAAAUUCUAUGUUAAGAGUGAUUUAUACAAGCAUAUGCGGUCACAUUCAGCAAACAAGCCCUUUGGGUGCACGAUGUGUGAUAAGACGUUCAAGAGCAAGAGUUUCCAGACUGUCCAUAUGAGGACACACACAGGUGAACGCCCAUACGCGUGCGAUCUGUGUCCGAAACGGUUCAUGGCUCGCAAGGACCUGCGCAACCACCGCAUGAUCCACACAGGCGAGAAACCACACAAGUGUCAACUGUGCAACCAGGCUUUCAUACAGAAAUGUGCUUUAAACCGACACAUGAAGGGUCAUGGGAAGACCCAACUGCACAUACCACCCGAUGCUCCUCUAGCGUUAUCGUACGCAACCUGGCAGCCAGAUGCAUGAUGCUUACAGAAUCCAUACGAAGUGUGUGAAUCCAAGGGAUUAUGAGACUUGUUUGUGAGGACGAAGGUUUUUGUGCAGUUGAAAGUGGGUUUCCUAGGUUGUUCAAUAUUAAAUAUAAUGAAAAUGGUAAACAGUUUAGUGAUAAUUUGAUAAGUUCAUAAUGGUGCUAAUUCAGGCAACCACCAACUUAAUUUUUCCUUUUCUAAAACUAGCUCUAUCUCUUUCUUGCACUUACUGUACCUAAGUGAAGGACGACACUACUUUUGGAGUUGUCAAACUAAAAUUAGGUUAAGUUUGUGUCUGCCCGAAUAGUUCCAAUGGAGUACAAAAAGUCCCUAAAAAGGGAGGAAGGAUAAGAAUGUAAGGCGACUAUCUUAUUAACUGCGGUAACUUCAUAGCAAUAUCACGCUAUCCCAAUAUUUUUCCCCAAUAUUUCUUACUCAGACACAUCAGUGUUAAAUGGAGUGGAUAAAAAGUUUUGGGGUGAAGAUUUAGUGUUAAAUAUCACUGCCACACUGGUGAUCCUAAGUAUGUACUAUAUUAUUUGUUAUGAAAAAUAUACGAAAAACAGGAAUCAGUUGCUUGCGACUCAAAAACAAACUCAGUUUUUCUUACAACUAUUAUCAUUAAAGUUUUAGUUUUUUAAAUAUUUUGCUAGGGCCACAUCAAACCACAUCUGCGUUGCGCGUUUGCUGACACACGCUAUCGCCUCGUGGUUUCUGCUGCGUGUGGUCUCUCUCUCGCUCUAGCAAAUUACUGUUCUGAGUAACAAAAAGGAUAGAAGUAUAGGAAAGUGCGAUGAGGUGCUGACAGACGUGGUUUGACUAAUGUCCGUUGGACACUCGUGUUUUCUCUAUGCCCAUGAUAAGAAAUAUUUUACAAGUACAAUGGCUCCGAUUCCUGCAGACACCCCUUAAUUUAAAGUUAUACCUAAUCGACAGGCAUAAAAUUUAUGAAACACACGUCAAUUUUAGGCAGAAAUUUAAAUACCCUCUCAAAAUUUUAUAUUGGCCAAUAACCCAAUAGAAUUAAGUUAACAGCACAUGUCAAACUGGUUGAAUAUCAGCGGGAUGCCUAUUUUAUUCGCCCGGGUUAUUCUUUCAUUUACUCAUUCAUUUUAAAUUUAAUAGUUGUCAAUCAUCCGUCCCUGUCCUUUUCGGUGGAUAAGAAUAUGACAGGUAUAACUUAAAAUAAAAUUAGGUGUCUAGAGGAAUCGGGGCCAAUUAAAUUAUUUAAAGCUUAGUGAGAUUGUGUUAUGAAUUUAUGAUUAUAAUUAAAACAAAAUUGUAUUACAAAACGCUGCAUUAGAGCGUUCAAUCCGUCUAAUUACGUUAUUUAUUUCUUUGUUUUUGUUCACAAACAUAUUAAUCAUUCCGUCAUUAGAAAUAAGGCGUGUAUUCGAUGUGUACAUAAUAAUUGUGAUUUGGAAAUUUUACAAUACAAAUGCACUAUGUGACUAAAAUAAAAUACAAAUUAUUAUUACGAUAAAUAAUACUAAAUAUCAUCCGACCAGUGAAAAGUAAACAAGUGGUCAAUGUGCAAAAUUGAAACCUAAUUAUUUGAUAAUUAGAUUCAAUUUUACUUGGCUGUCAAAUACUUACAUGUUCUCUGUUUAUUUAUUUUUUACUGGCAGCAUAUAUAUAAAUAUUACUUAUAUGUCCUAAGGUUGUUCAGAGAAAUAAAAUCCCGUCCAUGCAGGCGGAAAUUAUUUA